UAGACCAGUUUAUGUCAAUCUGUCACUUAUGUCAGAAUUCACUGUCAUUCAUGGACACAAGAGCGGGAAUACUGUUUUCCUGUUUUUAACGAAAUUUUGUGGAAUUCUCUGUUAAACAUAUUAAAUCGUAUUGUUAUUAAAAUAUUGAUCGGAAAUAAGAGAAUUACAGAAACAACAUACUUACACCUUACCUGAAAUUUAAAUAUUUGUUAAAUUGUUCGUGUUGUGGAAAGUGAAGAAAGGUGAAAGAAAAACAUAUAUUUCGACUGGGAACAUCCAAUCAUGGAUAUUAUUGAAUCGAUUAAGAAAGACAAAGCAUACUUAAAAUGCAAACUCAUAGUUAAAAAUUGGGAAAAGAAUUUUAAGUUACAACAUAGCCGGACACCUACUAAGUUCGACAUAAAGGAAGCUCCUCCAAAAAUAAAAUAUGCAUAUAAAAAAUACUUUCAACUCAAGAGCAACGCACUUGAGAAUUCAUUAUCAGUUUGUGACUUUGUCGAAGAAGAGCCAAUCAUAUCGCCAGAACCUGACCAAUUUGAACAUAUUACUAAUGAAUGUGUAAGUCCUCAGCCUAUGCUUCCAGCACUACCAAGUGGUCAAGAAUUGGAGAAGUUACUCUGUAAUUCAGAUCUAAAAGUUGACAAUAAAGCUUUAACACCAUUUACUGAAAAUCUAUCCAAAAAGUUAUUUCAGAAUAGAAAGUUUAGUCUAAGAAACCCUAGAAAGCUUUCUAUAUGUAGAUCUCAAGUGUCUACAGAAAAUAAAUCUUUUAAUUCUGAACCAACAAAUAGCACUAGCCAAGAUGAAGUAAAUAAAGAAAUAGAUUUGAAUAUUUUCAACAACUCUGAAUUCAAUAAUUCAUUAAAAAUUAUUGAAGAACCUUUGAACAUCAAAGAUGUUACAAUCCCACAUUUUUCACCAAGACAACCAGAAUUAUUGCGACCAGUAAUCAGACAGGUAAAUGAUGCAUGGCUAAAUAGAGCUGCUGGUAUUGUAGUUGAAGGGAAUAAACAUUCUAUUGAACCUGAAAAGUUUGGAAUAGGCAAUAUCAAGAUUUUAGAUAACAAAGAAAAACCUCAUGAUUAUGUAGAAAACAGUGAAUCUGAAGAUGAUAUUGUCAGUGAUAAGUUGAAACCUGCCUUAAAAAAGAGAAAAUUAGAAAUUGUUAAAAUUGAAGAAAAUCCUAAACAACAUCAUGGACCCAAAGAUGAACAAAUUCAGCAAUAUCAAUCUGAGAAAUCAAUUAGCACACAAGUUAAAGUUUCUGAAAAGAAGAAAUUAGGUAAGUCUAAACAGAAAACUGAAAAUAAUAUAGUGGAACAAUUGCCUCCUGAUAUUCAAGAAUAUAUUCCCUAUGGCUUAGAAAAAGAUAUACAGCCUCGUCACUUACAAAUUACCAAUGUUCUACAAAAGGUUGACUCUAUUGUUAAUAAAUGUAAUGAGAUAGAUGAUUCCAAAGAAAAUACAAGUAUAGAUAAUAAAAUAAAAGCUGGAACUUUAAAUGAAAAUUUUGUGAAAAUAAAUAUUGAAAAAAAAGUGUUUGCUAGAGGAAAGAAGAAUAUUAAUUAUUCCAAGUACAAAAAGCAACUAUGGAAAGAUAAGAAGAGUCUUCAUGGAGGUAUGGAAUUUCCUGAGGGUGGUAAAGUUACAUGUUUUAAAUGCAAUGGUACAGGUCAUAUGGCAAGAUACUGUAAAUCACAGAAAGGGGAAACACUUUUGCCGUUGGAUAGUUACAAUGAAGAUAAUAUUCCUACACUAGAAGAAAUGCAAGUAUAUGCAUCUGAGCCAUCCAGUAGUAAAAUAAAUCAGUCAUUAACUGAACAAUUACAUGAGUCUAUGUUUGAAUCUAGCAAAAUUCCAGACUCUUUUAUGAAAUUGUUAGCUGAGACUACAAAUGUUGAUGAAAAUGAAAUAAAACCUCUUUAUGACAGCUAUGAAAAUGUUCUCUCAGCUGAUUUGGAACAAGCUCUUAAUAAAUUUGGACAUAAAGCUUUUCGCCCUGGACAAGAAAAUGCUAUUAAAAGAAUUUUAUGUGGAAUGUCUACUUUGCUAAUUUUGUCUACAGGCGGUGGAAAAUCACUUUGUUAUCAACUCCCAGCUUAUCUCUACAGUCAGCGUUACAAAUGUAUAACAUUGGUAAUUUCUCCUUUAGUUUCACUAAUGGAGGAUCAAGUGUUGAAUGUUCCAGAAUUCAUUAAAGCUGGAUGCUAUCACACUAAUCAAUCUCAGACCCAGCGUAGUAAAAUCUUACAGUGUCUAAAGGAUGGAUUAUUAGAUAUUCUUCUUAUAUCUCCUGAAGCUUUGAUAGCUGGUGAUUCAUCGAGUGGAAUAUCAGGUCUCUUUAAGUCACUACCUCCAAUUGCCUUUGCUUGUAUAGAUGAAGCUCAUUGUGUAUCACAGUGGAGUCACAAUUUCAGACCUAGUUAUCUUAUGAUCUGUCGAGUAUUAAGAGAAAAGCUGAAGGUAAACUGUAUUCUUGGAUUAACAGCUACUGCAAGUCAGACAACUAUUAAAAGUGUAAUUAGCCAUAUUAAUAUACCUGAUGGUGUUGAUGGAGUUAUAAAGAAUCCAGCACUACCAGAUAAUCUUUGUUUAUCAGUUUCAAUUGAAAAAGAUAAAGACAAAGCUCUUGUAUCAUACUUAUUGUCAGAACAAAUAAAACAGUUUAAUUCCAUUAUAGUAUACUGUAUAAGAAGAGAUGAAUGUGAAAGAGUUGCUGCUGUACUUAGGUCAUGCUUACAAGAAACUGGUAAAGUUAACAUGGAGAGCCAAAAAAAUAAAAGAAAAAGAAUGUCUUACAUUGCUGAAGCUUAUCAUGCUGGCAUGUCGGCUGCACAAAGAAAAAAAAUUCAAAAGCAUUUUAUGGAUGGCACAGUUAGAAUAAUAGUUGCAACUGUUGCUUUUGGUAUGGGCAUUAACAAAUCAGAUAUAAGAUGUAUUAUACAUUAUAAUAUGCCUAGCAGUUUUGAAUCUUAUGUGCAAGAAGUUGGAAGAGCUGGCCGGGAUGGGCAGCUCGCAUACUGCCAUAUUAUUUUAAGUAAUGGCAGUAGUGACAAAAAUGAAUUAUUAAAACAUAUUCAUGCUAACUCUAUUGAUAGACCAACUAUAAGAAAAUUACUGUCCAAACUGUUUAUACCUUGUGAAUGUAUUAAAAUUUCUACAGAUUUAUCUAAUAGUAGUUGCAAGGGUCAUGAAGUGGGAAUCCCUAUAGAUGCAACUGUAGAAGAAUUAGAUUUGCCAUCUGAAAAUAUUGCUACACUUCUAUGUUACAUUGAACUUCAUCCUAAAAAAUAUAUAAAGUUUCUUAAUAAUGCUUAUAUAAAUUGUAAGAUUUCCUCCUAUGGAGGCCCUAAAAAAAUUCAUGAUGCAGCAAAGACUUGUAGACCUUUAGCAAUGGCUCUUUUAUUAGAAAACAAAAGAGAUGCUGGAAUAAUGACUAGCAAUGUUAUAGAAUUCAAUGUUAUUGAAGUAGCUGCUGCUAUUGGAUGGGAAAGUGGUGUAACUAAGUACCAAUUGAAAAAUUUAGAAUGGAACACAGAAUCAGGGAUCUCUCAAAGAUCACAUUUGAAAGUAGAAUUUAAUACACUUGGUUUCCGUAUUAGAGCUAGGGGAGACUUGAGUCCUACAGAAUUGGACGAAAUGUUGGAUGAUCUGAAUAAUUCUGUAAUUUCGCAAGAAAAGGCACGAUUGUAUCAGCUAGAAGAAUGCAACACAGCCUUUCAUAAAAUUGGAACAGGUUCUUUGGAAAAUAUGAAUUUAUCGAAAGACACCUUGUUCAAAAUUUCUGACGAUUUAAAAUUAUAUGUAAGAAAUUAUUUUGAAAGAGAUAGUUUUCCCACUGAUAUGAAAUUGGAAGAACGGCCCUUGCAUGUAGAUAGUGUUGUAUCGGACGUCCGGUCUAUAAUAAAUAUAUAUAAAGACUGUAAUUUUACUGGUAGAAGUAUUGCAAGAAUUUUUCAAGGUAUUUCCUCUCCAAAUUAUCCCGCUAUUGUUUGGGGUAGAUGCAAGUUUUGGAGGUCACAUUUACAUGAAGAUUUCAAUGGAUUAAUUAGAUUAGCAACUCAACAAAUAAUUCAAAUGAAAAUGUAGCUUCUUUAAAAUUAAUUUCUGUCAUUAAAACAGUAUUUGUUUUAGAAAUAGAAUGAUUUGCGCUUGCACGCACGUCCUUAUUUCACAAUUUGAGUCUAAUAUGUUAUAAGUUUUACCGAUAUGGUGUCAUCAACAUUAGAUUGCUUGCGUUUUCUAUCUUGAAGUUAUGAUCUAGAAAUCGCUUUAUAUUGCCAAUGUAAAGACUAUACUGAGCGUGUUUUUUCUUCUAAGUUAAUGUUAAGUAAAUCUCAUCACAUUAAAAGAUAAUGUAUUAAAAUUGAUAAUAAUUAUAUUUUUAAUGUAGGAACUGAAUAAAUAAAUUGUCUGAAAUCUA